AUGGAGUCCGACUCGGAGCCUGGCUCCUUCGCAUCGCCGCCAAACGACGGCGCUGGAGUCGGUGCCGAUGCUGCUGGCAUCGGUCGCCCCUCCAUGUGGAACAAGUCUGGCGAGCGUAAACUUACACGCCUGUACACUUAUACCACCCUCAGCAUGACACAGAUCCGAAAGGCUCUCGAAGCGCUUCGUGUCUCCAACACUGAUGAAAGUCCCGGCAAGGACUCGACCAACAAGAAGCUUAGCUCCAACCUCGACAAGCAACCACGCUGGCUCCGCCCUAAAAACAUCAGUGAUGCUCAACUUCGCGUCAACGGCCUUGCUCAUGCCCCCAUUCGCCGCUAUGGACCCAGAAGCCCCUUGGCUCGCGCCCAUGCGCCUUCAGUCUCCUCCAAUGUUUCUUCGCACGACAGCGUUGACCAGGCCAUUGAAGCCGAGUCAAACAUGGUCGUCGUCAGCAACCAGACAACAGGGCUCGGCAUUUGGCCAGAGCCGUCGAGCCACGAGCCAUCCUUGACCGCUGUAGCCAAAACUGAGGUGAACAUUUUUCAAGCUGAUCCCUCUGCCGUCUCUCGGCCACCAGACUCUGGCCUGUCCGCCGCGGCUCUUCUCCGACGAUCCACCGUUCUCUCCACCUCGACCGAAAUGUCAUCCCGCUCUCUUCGGGAGGCUCUACCGGAGCUGGGGCGUACCGCACUCCGCCUGGUCACUCGCGUCGCCAAGCAAUACACAAUGAUGCCUCAGAUCACCGUUAUUUCCGAAGGCGGUGACACUGCCGCACCGCCUCACUCCGGCAAUUCCGACAUGUCCAGUAGUCCCUGGUUGGAGGAAGAGGAAGGUAGCGAUCGACUACCGAUCGACUUCCGCCCACGCCCGGGUUCAUUUCUCCGCCUCGAUCAUCAGCUCCGACAACAGAUUGGCUGCCUGCCCGGCAUCGAUCAGCACGACUUCAGAUCAUGUUACUGUUACGUCAGGGACGAGUUGACCGCCGAGCACUGGGUUCACGAACACGGAGUCUCCGGUGAUGCUGAACAUGUCUUCCUGCAUGGCCUUGCUGCCACGCCAAACAUCAAAGCACGCGAUCCUUUCGGCAACACGUAUCUUCACCUCCUCGCAGCUCGGGAUGGCCCUCUUCGCCGCAUCACCGACGCUAUUACCAUAGCGCCCGACCCGUUGGCGACGAACAGUGCGGGCGAGACCUUUUUGCACCUGCUGGGCAGCUCUUGGUACAGCAGCUCGACAAUCACCAACCAGCUCGUACAUCUCUUGAAGACGCUGGAACGAGGCGGACAUGACAUUUACGCCUGCGACGCUUCUGGUCGCAGCAUUUUUCACUUGCUCGAGGACAAGGUCGAGGAUAAGGCUCUCCUCAACCGUUUCCUUCAUGUUUUUGAAAGCCAACGCUACCACCGCCGCGACGCCUUCGGCUCGGCCCCUGGUGUAGCCCCGAUCAUCAAUGGGCAUCUCUACGCUCCUAAUGGCGAUCGCUUCACUGCAUGGAGCCAGACGCCCCCUCUACAAGAUCAAUCAGGCGUCCCAGCCGCUGCGUCUGCCCCGCCAUCCUUGUCCCAAGAAGCCGCCUUCCAGGCCCUCCGGAACGCUCGCCUCAUGGAGCUCGUGCGUCACUCUCAGUCGAAGCCGCUCAUCGAAGACUACAAGGGAAGAAAUGGCCUGCAUUGUCUGGCUGCUGCCAUCCUCAGCGAGGACACAUUACUCGCGAAAUACAACACGCCGCCUCCAGGCUCCCAUUCGCCUGGCGCCCAUCCAAACCCUCGUAAGCGCCGCCUCAACACCCCCUGUACAGACCGUAAACUCUCCGACGCCUCGCGCGGCCGACUCAACGUUCGCGCCGACAUUUUACACAACCUGUUAGCCUGCGGCGUUGACCCCAAUCACUAUGCACACGACGGCACGACUCCUCUCAUGGCCUUUGUUGCCCGUCUCCCCGAAGAUGGUGACCACAAGGGACCGGUCAUCAUACUCGAAAAGCUCAUCGACAACGGCGCCCGGAUCGAGGCGCGCAAUCGCCAGGGCGAGACCGCUCUGCAUGUCGCUGUACGAUGCGGACGCAAGCUCGCCGUGCGGACUCUGGUCAAGCGCGGAGCCAGCGUGCACGCACGCAACGCUGCAGGCCGAAGUGUUCUCGACGUGGCGGACAGCCGCAUGUUCUGGUCGCGCAACCAGGAGAAAGAAUAUUCUCAUUACGAGGCAUGCCGGGCGUGGCUGUCUGGGGAGGAGGCGCGGGCCGUGCAGCAGCCGACAGUUGCGCAGGAGUGGGCGUGGCGGGAGCUGUGA